AUGGCCGGUCUGAUGAGUGACAGUGACUUCUGCCGACUACAAGGCCAGUACAAAAUGGCAACCAACGCCGUACUGAAAUGGCUCAGAGGCCUGACAAAGGAGUCAGAGUCGACGACAUCGGUCUCGUACUAUAAGACCCUGGCAGCCAACGCUCUCGCCCGUGGCAUUGAAGUGCCUCCAAAGAUUCAGCACGAUUUGGAAACAGCAAUCCGACUACGUACGGACGCCCAAAUCCACCAUACGUUGCGCGGAGACAACGACGAGAACCACGACUUCAUGCUGAGUGUGCUUCAAGAUGUGAGGAGCAAGCUGGCACCUCAGAUGACAAUCCGGCGCAACUCUGGGCCUCCGUCUCCUUCGAGAGCUCCUGUUCCACCGCCAGCCAUUCCAGCUCCAGUUCCACAUUAUCCGCCAGUCACGGCGUCCAUGGAAUAUGACCAGUUAUAUCUUCAGCAGUACUACGCACAAUACUGGCAGCAACUCUACCAACAGUCAUGGAUGGGAGCUUCUUGGCCCGCAAGCUCUCAAGACAAUUCCGGCUUCGCUUACGCACACUCACAUCCCCGCCUACAAUACGGCAACAUAUGGGGUACCAACAACGCCUCGGAAGCGCUCGUACCCAAUCUGCAAUGA